CCCGGGAGGCUGCCAGUCGGGGCGGCAGGCCAGAGUCGGCGGCGGGGGCCCGCGGUCGGUGCGCGACCCGAACUGGCGGUGGUUUCCGGUUCCGCGGGGCUGGCGGGCGGGCGGGCAGCCGGGAGCGGCGGCGGCGGCGGUGCCUGACAGACAAUGAGGGCGGCGGGGCGGCGCUGAGCGGCGGCGGCGGCGAGCGACGCGGGGCCCGGGGGCGGGGCGGGGCGCCAGCCAUGGACAAUCAGUGCACUGUCCAGGUCAAGUUAGAGCUGGGACACCGUGCCCAACUGCGCAAGAAGCCCACAACGGAGGGGUUCACCCACGAUUGGAUGGUGUUUGUCCGUGGCCCCGAGCAAUGUGAAAUCCAGCACUUCGUGGAGAAAGUGGUCUUCCGGCUGCAUGACAGCUUCCCCAAGCCCAAGCGCGUGUGCAAGGAGCCCCCUUACAAAGUGGAAGAGUCGGGUUACGCUGGCUUCAUCAUGCCCAUCGAGGUGUACUUCAAAAACAAGGAGGAGCCCAGGAAGGUUUGCUUCACCUAUGACCUGUUCCUGAACCUGGAGGGCAACCCGCCCGUGAACCACCUGCGCUGUGAGAAGCUCACCUUCAACAAUCCCACCAUCGAGUUCCGGUACAAGCUCCUGAUGGCUGGCGGGGUGAUGGUAAUGCCCGAAGGAGCAGAAACGGUGUCCAGGCCCAGCCCCGACUACCCCAUGUUACCCACAAUUCCACUCUCUGCCUUCUCUGACCCCAAGAAGACCAAACCGUCCCACGGCUCCAAGGACGCCAGCAGGGACAGCAGCAAGGCCUGCAAGACCCAUAAGACGGCCAAGGAGCACCGGGAGCGGCCACGGAAGGACUCCGAGGGCAAGGCCCCCUCCAAGGAGCCGGAGCGCGAGCAGGCCAGGAGCACCAAGGACGCCACACGGAAGCCAGGCGAAGGCCGGCCGCCCAAGGAAGAGAAGGCCCCGCCGGCCAAGGCCGCUUUCAAGGAACCCAAGAUGGCCCUGAAGGAGACCAAACUGGAGAGCAUGUCCCCCAAGGGCGGGCCCCCGCCCCCACCCCCGCCCAAGUCUUCCAGCAAGCGGCCGGCUGCCGCCGACUCACCCAAGCCCAGCGCCAAAAAGCAGAAGAAGAGUAGCUCCAAGGGGUCCAGGAGCGCCCCCAGCACCUCGCCCCGCACCUCGUCUUCCUCCUUCCCGGACAAAAAGCCGGCCAAGGACAAGGGCAGCGGCAAAGGGGAGAAAGUCAAGGCCGAGAGCGAGCCCAGGGAGAUCAAAAAACCCCCGGAGGUGGAGGAGUCCAACUCGGAGGAUGAGGCGUCCUUCAAGACGGAGUCUGCCCAGUCGAGCCCGUCCAACUCCAGCUCCAGCUCCGACUCCAGCUCCGACUCGGAUUUCGAGCCGUCUCAGAACCACAGUCAAGGCCCCCUGCGCUCCAUGGUGGAGGACCUGCAGUCGGAGGAAUCCGACGAAGACGACUCUUCGUCGGGCGAGGAGGCCUCUGGGAAGACCAAUGCUGGGAGGGACUCCAGGUUGAGCUUCAGUGACAGUGAAAGUGACAACAGCGCCGACUCCUGCCUGCCCAGCCGGGAGCCCCCUCCCUCCAAGAAGCCACCCCCACCCAACAGCAAGGCGUCAGGCCGGAGGAGCCCAGAGUCCUGCAGCAAGCCCGAGAAGAUCCUCAAGAGGGGCACCUACGACAAGGCCUACACGGAUGAGCUGGUGGAGCUGCACCGGAGGCUGAUGGCCCUGAGGGAGCGCAACGUGCUGCAACAGAUCGUAAACCUGAUUGAGGAGACCGGCCACUUCAACGUCACCAACACCACCUUCGACUUUGAUCUCUUCUCCCUGGACGAGACUACCGUGCGUAAGCUGCAGAGCUACCUGGAGGCCGUGGCCACAUGACCCUGGGCCGGGUGCAGGGCCCUCUUCACCGGGGGCCCCGGGAGGCCACGCCCAGGCCCCGCCUUCCUUCUUCUCUCUCGACUCACCCACCCGCAGCACUGCCUUAGUGACCGCCCUGUCCUCGGCCCGCACGGCCAGCUGCACUUUCCUCGUCGGCUCCCAUCCCCCCCUCCCCACCACCGGAUCGGGAGCCCUGAGGCUGAGGGGGGGCAGGCCGGCGCCGCUGCUCCCCAACACUCAGGGGCCGUCACCUGGGCCCCCCUCGGGAAGCAGCUUGUGUUGAAGGCAGCACCAGGCCUCACUUCAGGAGGGGAGGAAACGUGGCCCACGGUGGGGGCCCCGCUCCGCCGCAGGACACAUGGCAUGGUUUCACUGCCUUGGCCUCUCUGAGCAGCCGGGGCACUGCCUCCAGCCUCCCCCAACGGUUCCCACACACCCACCGUGCCCCAGGGCCGCGCCAGGCCGGGUGCAGUCCCCCGCGGGCUCUCACUGUGCUGGGACUCUGUCUGUACAGUUCUCUCUCUAGUGUAUGUGUAUGCACUGUAGGUACCAGAGCGGUUUCCGGGUGUGCGUUUCCGUGGCAGCAGUGCACGUGGGGGGUGGGGGGUGAGUACGGCGGGACUUUUAGGUUAAGACGUUCCCACUGGUCUUGUCGCGGGGCCGGAGGCCCAGCUGGAGCGGCGCCUCUAAGAGGCGAGGGGAGGACUCGCCCUUCGCGGCUCCAAGGAUGUCUCGUCCUCCCGUGGCCCGGAGGACCCAGCCGAGGGCCGGCGAACACUACGACGGGGCAGCGGGGCCUCGGCACCCAGGGGCCUCCGCGCACUUGGCGCCUGGUCAGACCGGCGGCCGCCUCCAGGAGCAGACCUCCUGGCCUCCACCAGCCACGGGCCAUGUCGUGUGUUGCCCCCCACGGCUCGUCUUCUUCCUCCUUCCAUGGGUCCUCUUCCUCCUUUCUGUCGUUGGAGUCUUCGAACUUUGAAAAAAUGAGCUUUUGCCAAAUAAGACGAGAUAGUUUGUGGAGUUUUUUGAGGAGCGUCAGGACUUAGAGCCAGCCCCUCGAGCCAGGGCCCAGCCGGCAGCAGGCCCUCCCGGGCACCCCUCUCUCGGUUCGGGCCUGGCCGUCCCACCCCUUCGAGUCAACGCCAGUCCAGAGACCUGACUCCUCGCAUGCCUGAGACUCUCCGAGGGCCAAGCUGGCUCCCCACCCUCUCAGCCAGAAUGCCCUCAUGGGGUUAGCCCACCCUGGGUGGGGCUCCUGGGGGCUGGGGUCCUGUUUGCUCAGCCUCUCAUCCCCCAGUGCCCCCGCCCUGACUUGUGUGGGGGGAAAGGACCAGGGCCCCGAGGUGGGCUCACCCUCUCUCCCCAGCCCACCCUCAGAGGGCCUCUCCUUCCUGCCUGUCGGGAGCUCCGAUGCGGGGAGUGCCAAGCUCCCCUUCCCUGUGGGUCCCGACUAGUGUGUCCCCGAUUCCGUCUGUCAGGCAGACCCUAAACACUCCCUGGGGAGACCUGCCUCCAAGGUUUCCCCAAAUUUCAGCCUCCCUGGUGAAAUCCCCAGAACUUGCCGGGAAGGCCCAAGAACUUUCAGAGGAAACCGCCACGACUCCUCGCCAUCUGCUCUGAUUCUCUCCUGACCCCACUGCCUUGAGGUAUUAGGAAGAGGGCGGGCCUGUGUGGCAGGCUCCGUGCUGUCACGGUCCCCUUCCCCAGGCAGGCCAACAAUACUCCAAAGUGGGGCACCUCUCUUCUCUGGAAACUCUAAGACAGUGGACAGAAGGAACUAGCCUGACGUGGGCUACGUGAAAGGCAGCAGCUGCCCGGCCCUCUGCACAGAGGCUGCUGGGGGCCAUGGCCGGGAGCCUGAGCCCCAGGGCGCCAGGCCUUCCCCUUCCGGAGCAUCUCCUGGGAAGGGCCACAGGCCCUCCCGGGCUCCACCCCGGACUCGGGCAGCGUUCUUGUCUGGAGCCGGGCUGUCCCCAGGAAGCAGCUGGAGGAAGGCCGGGCUUCGGCCUGCCCUCAGUAGCAGCAGCGUCUGGCCCCUCCUGCUGUUUCUGGGGCCUUCAGAAGCACCAACCCGUUUCUCAGUUACCUCCUCUGGCCAGAAGGCCCCAGUGCUGUCCCCCAGAGCUGCUCUGGGUCCAGUGCUGGCCCCGUGAUCACCUGAUGGACGUGCCAGGCAACCAGGGCCUUGACCGCAGCCUUCCCAGCUGCCCCCCUCCCCGGCCCACCCCCAGCUGCCCGGCAGCUGGGCCCACAAGGGCUCUGGGGACGCUUCCAUAGGAAGGGGCCGGCACUUUGUGAUUGCCGCGUGUUUAGUGUUAAGUCCCCUGCCCCCAGUGCAAAUCCCUGUGUUUUGCUAUCUCCUGAACAAAAUGUAAACCGACACCUGAAAGCAAAAGGUAUCGAAUACCUUUCUUACCCAUAAGGGUUUUUACAAAGAAUGUGUCUCACUAGGAACUAGGACACUCAUCGGCCUGAGACCAACUCCUGGAUAAAAGGAAUAAAGGAGAAUCGUGUUUGUAAUAAGUCACAGGAUUGUUUCUGUCCUGAAUUUUAAACUUUUUGUUAAAUUGUGAAAUUAUGGAGGAGUUUUAUAGAAAAAAAAAGUGAAAUAAAGUCAGAUGGGAAAGCAGA